AUGCUCCCGCAGCGACAGAACUCGGGCAAGCGCGCGAAUUCCAGCCAUCGCAAAGCCAAGUUUAAUGUUCGCAACGCUGUAUUCGUGGUGCUAGGCCUGAUCUUCGCGCUAUGCAUGUACUUCAACCUUCGCUUCUUCGCCACGUCCACGAUCUCUACCAAUUCCAUCACUGCGACCGGCAAGGGCUGGCGUUCCUUUGACGGCGCACCCAACAAGCCAAACGAGGCGAACGGAGACUUACUAGUGGACGCAUCUGCUACGCGCCAGGUCAAGCACUUGGUGUUCACCUCCACGUGUCGCGACCUCGACUUUAUACACGCAGAAGUACUCGCCUUCACGCUGCGACGCACAGGAUACACCGGUAACGUCACCCAUUUACUGUACGGCUGCACAUCUGAGGCGGUCUCAGAGAUCAUGCGGAAGAAAGACCCGCGUCACAACGUACAAACCAGACAUUACCCCGACGUCUCGGCAGUGAACACGACGUUCGGCGAGAAGAUUCUCACAACGACUUUGAACCCCGUGGUGCUGUCCGAGUGGCUGCUGGGAUCUGAUACUGGAGAGCUCAGCGACAAGCGCGCAAUGUCAUUUGAACAGCGCUAUGCAUUGGCAUCUGAUGACUUUGUCAUGGCUGUCGACAGCGACGCGAUCUUCACCAAGAAGUUGGACAUGUGGAACCUCAUGGCCGAAGCGAAUGAUGUCAUUGAUCCUCGCAUUUUUGGACAGGACGCAUCCUGGUACUGGCCGAAGCGAUUCCCAUUGACAGGUGAACAGCUUCGAAGUAUCCUACCGACAAACUCUCGCGCGCUGCUAUUGGAUGACUGGCGCGAAUAUGCUGCAAUUGCUCCGUUUGUGGCAGAAGCGAGUGCGUGGCAAGAGAUUCUGCCUACUGCUGUGGACUUGUGGGACAAACUGGCUCAUGAAGAGCGCUACCUCGCUGUUCCUAUCGCUGCUGCCCACGAGAAGAUGCUAAUCGGAGUCUCGGGAGUUCUCAGUGUGCACCACUACCCUUCUCGCUAUCAGAACUGGGACUUUGUGGACGAUAUCAAGCACGACCCGUGCGAGACACUGGCAGAAGGGAAGGACCUGGCACUGUCGUCCUAUCCGAUCUCCAUCCGUGCGCUGAAUUUCACGCUUCCUCAAUGGAUCGACGGUCGUGACUGGAGUUUCUUCGCUGACCAAGUCCCUUCCGAUUUCUUUUCGUGUGACGCCUGGAUGAUGCACCAACCAACUGGUAAUCUGUGGCAUCUCGCUACUCACACUAGCGGAUACGAACGUGUGCCCAACAUUCUUCGUCGUCGUCACGCUAUGAGUGUUUGUCUCGCUGUGGAGGCCUACAACAGCGCGUCUGAGAACUACCGCUCGCGUAUUUGCCCCACCGCAUUUAACCACAAUCGUCGUAUCCCCAUGGAGUUCAAAAAGGCGAAGGCGUGGAAGACCGCAGUGGCACUCGCAGAAGGCACACAACUGGGAGAAGAACCGCCCGUUUACUUUGGCGACUACAGAGGAAAAAAUCUCCCGGUGCACCCACUCGAAAGCGAUCUCAGGACGUGAUCAAGAGGAAGCGAGCAGCUGCAUUUUGUGAUCACGACGUCAUGUGAGCCGCACCAGG